UUAGUCACGUGAUGUCUUCUAACGCUGAAAUUGAGUGUCGAGCGUCAGUGUGAAAAAGUGCCUUUACGUUUACAUAUACUCAAGUAUGACUAGGGUAGUAUGACACAUAACCUUCAUGCUCGUUUAUAGCUUUUGUUUUGAUAGUUCGCAAAUGAUAAAUCUCAUGUUGCGGGCGAGCUCGUACGACCGUAAUUGAUCAUGAAUAAAAUUUUCUGCCGUCUGAAAAGCAUUUGACGCACAUUGAAAUAAUGUUCAUUUAUUGCACAUUAUAAUAAUUCAGUGAAGAAUGUCUGCAAUCAUAGAUGAUAAGGUUGUCGCAGGUGCAAAGAAUUCAAAUACUGUUAAAGAAGAUCCAAUUGUAGCGUUAACGGAGAGAGUAAAAACUCUAUAUCUCUUUCGAGAUCGCUACUUUGAAACACAUUCUAUCGAUGAAGCAAUAAAAAAGAAUACUGAUGUUGAGAAGGAGAUGAAAGAUACACUGAGCAAGUUUGACGAGUGUAAAGGAUAUGAAAUUGAUGGAUCGCGUGCGAAAUAUUAUUAUUUAAAGGGAAGGGCUCUAAAUGUUGUGGAUCGUUUUAUUCCACAGGCAGAGGAACUGCUAAGUAAAGCUGUGAAAUUAGAGCCUAAAUUAAUAGAAGCAUGGAAUGAAUUAGGAGAAUGUUAUUGGAAAAAUAAUGAUAUAAAACAAGCAAAAAAUUGUUUUGUUGGUGCUCUGCAACAUGAUAGAAAUAAAGUAUCUUUACGGAAUUUGUCAAUGGUACUUAGACAAGAACAAACUUCAACUGUUGAACAGCGAAUAAAAAAUAUUCAAGAAGGAGUGGAAUAUGCUAAAGAAGCAGUAAAAUUUGACACAACCGACGGUAUCUCCUGGGCCAUAUUAGGAAAUGCCUAUUUGUCUUCCUUCUUUACAGAAGCACAAAGUCCAACUACCUUACGUCUAUGCAUGUCAGCUUAUAUGCAAGCGGAAAAAGAUAUUAUUGCAAGAAGCUAUCCUGACCUAUUUUAUAAUAAGGCAAUAGCUUUAAAAUAUCAAGAAGAAUAUGAUUUAGCAUUACAAUCCUUCAAAAACGCAGUGGCACUAGAUCCACUAUGGGAAACACCGUGCAACAAACGAGACGAAUUACUAGAAUAUCUUAAAAAUAUACAAAAUUCAAUUAAUAAUAAUGGAUACAUAAAACCAAAACGACUGCACCGAAUGAUACAGGCAUUGGAUAUUAAACACUUAGGACCAUAUAAAGAUGGUUCAUAUACAUCUGGAACAAAAUCUAUAAAAUUGGAUCUAAUUCCAUUGGAAAAGUUAGCUCUCGGAUUAAAUACAGAGAAAGUUGUAUUUGGAAAAGUAGUUUGCUGGAUACAAGAUUCCGAUUGCGUCCCAUUUGCUUUUUGUCUCGUGGAUGAACAGAAGACAUGUAUUGUUGUUACUGUAUACAAUCUAGCUAAAGGCCGAGGAGUUACAGUCGGGGAUUCUGUUGGAAUACCAGAGCCUUUCGUUAUACAUCAAAAAUUCUCUUAUAUGAAUAAUGAUUUUGAUUAUAAAUCUAUUCGUGUUGAGACUCCACUUGUACUUGUAAUUAAUGGAAAAAAGCUAGGCCGAGAACAACAAGCCAGCGCAAGUUUGAAAACUUUUAGAAAAACAGAUUAAGUAAUAAAAAAUAUUGAGUGAAUAUCGAAGCACAUAAUUCAAUCAUUGAUUAUAAUAUUCUAUUGUAUGUCUACCGUUCUUGACCUUUAGUAAUAAUGAAGAUUAUAAUGGAAAAAAUUUUAUCAGUAUACUUAAGUUGUUAAAUAUGCUGCGACAUAUGAAUUUAUACAUUUCAAAAUAUUAUAUUGGCAACAAUCAAAACUAAUCUAGAAUAUAUAUAUUAUGUUAUAUAUUUUAUAAGAAUCAUAUUGUGUAUAAUAAUUCAUGUGCACAUUUUGCAUAAAUAACAAUCAGCAUAUUUGCUAAUUUAGAGACUGCCUAUAUUUUCUAUGUAAGUUCAUGGAAAGUAAAAAUAUUGUAAUAGUUUAUUAUUUAUGUAAUACAUUUUAAAUCGUACUGUUAAGUGUUUUAUAAAUCGUCAUGUAACAUAA